AUGUUGUGGCUGCAAGGAGGUCUGUUGUCUGCAGCUCUCCUGUUCGGAACCUCGACCGCGUCACAGCAGCACUCUAGUAGCGCAUACUGGUCGGCAUGGCAUGGUCCUGGGGGAGGUUGGGGCAACCCGUGGCAGUGGCCUGGUCCCCGUAAUUAUAGUGAUGGUCCCGCUGGGGGAUACUGGCUUGACCAGAGUCGAGAUAUCCUGGCGACCAUGCAGAGCACGUACUGGAAUGGGACAUAUUGGGUAGAACAACAGCACCAAACCCAAGCAUCUGUUGUUCUCGCUGAUCUCGAUUCCAGCCCACUACACUCCAAUGGGAAGGAGCGCUCAUUAGUACCAUCAUUGCGACCACAGAACGCUACUUCACGGACGCACUGGUAGCAUACCAAGGCAACGUCCCCGGUGCCCGGACAGACGCAGCCCAGAUCCAAUUCGACAUCAGGAAAUAUUACUCCCAGAUUGAAGCCUACUAUGGUGGCGAGGACACGAUCCAAAUCUUCGAUGCCGCAUACGAUGAUGCACAAUGGGUUGUGCUCGAAUGGCUCGAAGCCAUCAAAUUUGUCAAGCAGUACGAUGCCUAUUCCAAAUCCAGCUAUGGCCAGCAAGACAUUGCAUACUUCGCCCACCGCGCGCAUAUCUUCUACAACAUCGUCCAGGAUCAAUUCAACACUUCUCUCUGCGAGGGCGGCGUCGACUGGAACCCCGCGCUGUCGGUAUACAAGAACGCCAUCACGAACGAGCUCUUCGUUUCCAGCUCCAUCGCCAUGUACCUGUACUGGCCCGGAGACAUCAGUUCCGACCCCUACCCCAGCCCAGACUACACAAACAAGACUCUGCCUCCCCUCCCAUCCUUAAAAAUCCACGACCCACUCCUCCUCCAAAACGCAAGAGAAGAAUGGGCCUGGUUCAAAUCUCACAACUUCACCAACGCCCAAGGCCUCAUCGUCGACGGCUUCCACAUCUCCGACGGUCAGACCACCUGCGAUCGCCGCAACGAAAUGGUCUACACCUACAACCAAGGCGUCAUGCUCUCCGGCCUCCGCGGCCUCUGGGAAGCCACAGGCGACACAACCUACCUCGAAGACGGCUACAACCUCAUCGACACCGUGAUCAGCGCCACGGGCUGGCAUGCCCCCUCCUGGACCCAGGCCAGCGAAUGGGCGGGCCUAGGCCGAAACGGAAUCAUGGAAGACUACUGCGACGCGCCCGCCAGCUGUAACCAGGACCAAUCCAUUUUCAAGGGCGCCUACUUUCGCAAUCUCAACCUCUUCUGUGAACCCCUCCCGAUUUCCGCGGCUCUCGUGCCGGGUCUGACGUAUACCGCCUCGCCUUCCCUCGCGGAUUUCCACGAUCGGAAUUGUCACGGCUAUGCCCGCUGGGUGCAACACAACGCCUACGCCGCCCUCUGCACGCGCAAUUCCACCUCCGACAUUAUCGGGCAAUGGUGGGGGGCUCCCUAUUUCAACAAGACGCAGGCUCCCUCGCCGGCCUAUGGACUUCCCAUUCCCGAGGGUAGUGUGGAUAUCUGUAACGAUCCGGGGUUGUUGGAUUCGUCUCCCUGGAAGUGCGAUGGGAGGUAUGGAUGUGAGGACUAUGAGUAUAGCGGGCAUUUGAAACGAGGGGGGAGAAGUCUGGGGAAGAGGGCGGCGGAUCAGGAGAGGACGGUGGAGACGCAGGCACAGGGGUUGGCGGUGGUGAACGCUGCUGGUGCUUUCACGUUGAAGAGGAAGAGUUACGGGGAGUAUGUGGAUGGGAGGUAA